UAAAAAUUGAAUAUAAAUGGAGCAAGGAUCUACAGAAGACUUCCCAUAUGAAGGUAAUUGGGAAGGCACUGGCGUUGUCAUCAACUCCAAAGGAGAAGAGAAAGUAAGAUAUAAGGAAACUCUUGAGAUCAAAUUGAUCAAGACUGCUCCAGUCAAUAUUUAUAUGAUCACCUCGUCUACGUAUAAAGAGGCAGAUCCUAGCUUUUCGAUGCAUUUCGAAACAGGAUUCAUCAAGCUUCUGCCUGCGACUGAAGAGGGAAAUAAGGUAGAGAUGAGCUUAACCCAUCCAUUCAGCAUUAACGAGUUCUCAUUUGGCUCUUACAACAAGGACACCAAGGCUCUCACUGUUGAAGCUGGAAAAGAGCACCUGAUGAGGGGCAAUACUGCUCAAGGCAAGAGCACGACUGGAUUUAAAAGAGAGUACACCAUUACCGAGGACGGGUCUCUUCAUUAUAAAAUGUACCUGGGGGUUGACGACAAUGACCUGUACCACCACCUUACUGGAGAGCUUACCAAAUCAGUCUCCUAA